GCUCGGGGAGGCGCGCGGCGAAGGCUCGGUCCGCUGACCGCACGGUGGCAGCCGGGGAGCGUGCAGGCUGCCCGCAUGGCCCGGGGCGAGAGGCGACGGCGCGCUGCGGCCGCAGAGGGGGCGCGGCCGCUGGAGAGGGCGCGGGCGGCGGGCCGGCGGGAUGGCAGGGCUGGUGGGGCGCGGGGCUCGGCGAGCGGCGCGGCCCUGGCCGUGGUGGUGUUGGCGCUGGCCUUCGGCCUGUCGGGGCGCUGGGUGCUGGCGUGGCUCCGUGUGCGCCGCGCGCUCACACUGCACCCCGCGCCGUCUGCGCUGCCGCCGGACUCCUCCAGUCCUGCCGUGGCCCCGGAACUCUUCUGGGGCACCUACCGCCCACACGUCUAUUUCGGCAUGAAGACUCGCAGCCCCAAACCACUGCUCACAGGACUGAUGUGGGCACAGCAAGGCGCCACCCCGGGGACCCCUCCUAAGCUCAGGCACACGUGUGAACAGGGAGACGGCGUGGGUCCCUAUGGCUGGGAGUUCCACGAUGGCCGCACCUUCGGUCGGCAGCAUAUCCACGAUGGGGCCUUAAGGCUCACCACUGAGUUCGUCAAGAGGCCUGGGGGUCAGCACGGAGGGGAUUGGAGCUGGAGAGUGACCGUAGAGCCUCAGGCCUCAGGUACACCUUCCUUCCCUUUGGUGUCCCUGUUCUUCUACGUGGUGACAGAUGGGCAAGAGGUCCUACUACCAGAGAUCGGAGCCAAAGGACAGUUGAAGUCCAUCAGUGGGCACACCAGUGAACUUGGUGACUUCCGCCUCACACUUCUGCCGCCAACCAGUCCAGGAGACACUGUCCCUAAGCAUGGCAGCUACAAUGUCUUCUGGUCCUCCAACCCGGGGCUGCCACAGCUCACAGAUAUGGUAAAGAGCCGCCUAAACAGCUGGUUUCAGCACCGGCCCCCAGGAGCCUCUCCUGACCGCUACCUCGGCUUGCCUGGAUCUCUGAAGUGGGAGGAGAGAGGCCCUAGUGGGCAAGGGCAAUUCUUGAUCCAGCAGGUGACACUGAAAGCCCCUUUCUCUGUGGAGUUUGUGUUUGAAUCUGGCAGUGCGGCAACAGGAGGAAACCAAGCCUCUGGGCGGCUGGUAGGCAGCCAACUGACCCAGGCCCUGGAGAGCCAUGCUGCAGCCUUCAAGGAACGGUUUGAGAAGACCUUCCAGCUAAAGGAGAAGGGCUUGAGUCCCGAGGAACAGGCUUUGGGUCAGGUUGCCCUCAGUGGCCUUCUUGGUGGGAUUGGUUACUUCUAUGGACAGGGUUUAGUGUUGCCAGACACUAGCAUGGAAGGGUCUGAACAGAAAAUGGACCCUGCCCUGUUUCCACCUGUCCCUCUUUUCUCUGGGGUGCCUUCUAGGUCAUUCUUCCCACGAGGCUUCCUCUGGGAUGAAGGCUUUCACCAGCUAGUGGUCCAGCGAUGGGAUCCCCACCUCACCCGGGAGGCCCUAGGACACUGGCUGGGGCUGCUCAAUGCUGACGGCUGGAUUGGGCGAGAGCAGAUUCUGGGGGAUGAGGCCAGAGCCCGAGUGCCCCCAGAAUUCCUAGUGCAACGGGCAGCCCAUGCCAACCCCCCAACCCUGCUCCUGCCAGUCGUACACAUGCUAGAAGGCCAUGACCCUGAUGAUUUGGCCUUUCUCCGCAAGGCUUUCCCCCGCCUGCAUGCCUGGUUCUCUUGGCUCCAUCAAAGUCAGGCAGGGCCAGUGCCACUAUCCUACCGCUGGCGGGGCAGGGACCUAGCUUUGCCUACCCUACUUAACCCCAAGACGCUGCCCUCAGGCCUGGAUGACUACCCUAGGGCCUCGCAUCCUUCCACAGCAGAGCGGCACCUGGACCUGCGCUGCUGGGUGGCACUGGGUGCCCGGGUGCUGUCCCAGCUUGCAGAACAGCUUGGGGAGACUGAAGCUGCUGCAGAGCUGGGCCCAUUGGCUGCCUCUCUAGAAGAACCUGGAAGUCUUGAUGAGCUGCACUGGGCUCCUGAGCUGGGGGUCUUUGCUGACUUUGGGAACCACACAAAAGCAGUACAGCUCAAGUCGAGGCCCCCACAGGGGCUGGUUAGGGUGGUAGGCAGGCCUCCACCUCGAUUACAGUAUGUGGAUGCCCUGGGCUAUGUCUCUCUUUUUCCUUUGCUACUACAGCUGCUGGACCCCAGCUCACCCCGCUUAGGACCCCUGCUAGACGUUCUAGCUGAUAGUCGCCAUCUCUGGAGCCCUUUUGGGUUGCGCUCUCUUUCAGCCUCUAGCCUCUUUUAUAAACAGCGUAACACUGAGCACGAUCCACCCUACUGGCGAGGUGCCGUGUGGCUGAAUAUUAACUACCUAGCUUUGGGGGCACUACAUCACUAUGGGCAUGUGGAGGGUCCUCACAAGGUUCAGGCUGCCAAACUCUACCAUGAACUGCGGGCCAAUGUAGUGAGAAACGUCCGCCAGCAAUACCAGGCUACCGGAUUUCUGUGGGAGCAGUACAGUGACCAGGAUGGGCGGGGCAUGGGCUGCCGCCCCUUCCAAGGAUGGACCAGUCUUGUCUUACUGAUCAUGGCUGAAGAGUACUAAUGGGACAGAAGGAAAGCUAGGCCAUUUGUGUCACUUGGAAUAUGCAGACAAGGGCUUGGGUUUCUGGUCUCAUUGUUUCAGAUCUUUGUAAGCUCAUCUCAGGUGUCUCCUUAUUGUCAUCCCAUAUAGCUCUGGGGUGAAUGUGAACUCAAAGAGUCUAUUUUUCUAAAUAAACUGGAAAAGAACCUAACUGA